CGCAGGAGAGAGAUUUAGCCCUGUGGGAGAAGAACCAGCUCCAAGACAAACUGGAGAACCUAGAGCAGGUGCUCAAGCAUAUGCGCGAGGCUGCGGAGCGGAGGCAGCAGCUAGAGUUGGAGCAUGAACAGGCCUUGGCUGUACUCAAUGCAAAGCAGCAGGAGAUUGACCUUCUUCAGAAGGCUCAGGUUGAAGCAAAAAAGGAACAUGAAGGUGCUGUCCAUCUGUUAGAGGCCAAAGUACGAGAGCUGGAGGAAAAAUGUCGGAAUCAGAGUGAGCAGUUCAACCUCCUGUCAAAGGAGCUGGAGAAGUUCCGGCUCCAAGCCGGGAAGUUUGAUAUCCUCAGCACAGAACCGUUGACUUUAUGUGAAUCCCCGGGGUCACCCAACAAAUCCCUGUCCCAGCUCCUCAAUGGACUGGCUGCCCCCAUAGGAAAAGGCAAUGAGGCUCCGACAAGCAGAUCUUUGAUAUCUGAGUUCAUUCGGCCGCUCCAGAUCAGUGGAGACAAGCCGGAGCUCCUCUCAGUCAAGCCAACAUUCCUCACUCGGAGUCGAACCCGCAGCCCAGCACGGGCUUUCCUCUCUGAUAUGGACAAGGAGCUCGGCUCAACGACCAGGUCCAAACUAAGGUUCACAGGGAAAGUUCGUCUGUGCAUCGCCAGGUACAGUUACAAUCCUUAUGAUGGGCCUAAUGAGCAUCCUGAGGCUGAGCUCCCCCUGGUGGCAGGAAAGUACCUCUAUGUUUACGGAACGAUGGAUGAGGAUGGCUUUUAUGAAGGAGAGCUGCUGGAUGGACAGCGGGGACUGGUCCCAUCCAAUUUUGUGGACUUUAUCAAAGAUGAGGAGAAAACGUCUGCCCAACCAAGGGACACAGUAUCUAAAGAACCUGGUUACCUCAACCACAGUAGCCUGGGGACACAGAGACAUGGGGUGGGCAAAGGAACAGGCAUAAGCAGCCUGCUGUGUGACAGUAAACUAGACUGUCUCAGCACCAGCAGCUUGGGCAUAGACCUCCUGGGCUCCUCCAGCAACGGGACAGGAACCUUUGAUGUCAACAUUGACGAAAUUGGUGAAGACAUUGUGCCUUAUCCCCGCCGCAUCAACCUGAUUAAACAACUUGCAAAGAGUGUGAUUAUUGGCUGGGAUGCUCCUGUAGUCCCACCUGGCUGGGGCACCAUCAGUGGCUACAAUGUCAUGGUGGAUAAGGAGUUGCGCAUGAGUGUCCCCUACGGGGGCAGGACAAAGUCUCUAAUUGAAAAGCUCAAUCUGGUCACCAACACUUACCGUAUCACAGUGCAGAGCAUCACCGACCGAGGCCCGUCAGACGAGCUGCGGUGCACUCUGCUCGUGGGAAAGGAUGUGGUGGUGGCACCUUACUACCUGCGAGUGGACUGCAUAACGCAGGUCUCUGCUGAGCUUUCUUGGAUGCCCAGCAACAGCAACUACAGCCACACCAUCUUUCUGAACGGUGCAGAAUAUGACAUGGUCAAAGCGGGAGGCUAUAAGUACAAGUUCUUCAACCUGAAGCCCAUGACCGUUUACAAGGUGAAGGUUGUGGCGCAGCCGCAUCAGGUGCCUUGGCAGCUUCCAAUGGAUCAAAGGGACAAGAGGGAAAUAUCUGUGGAGUUCUGCACUCAGCAUGCAGGGCCUCCUCUCCCUCCCCAAGAGGUGCAGGUCCAGGUUGGUCAGUCGCCCGGGAUCCUACAGGUCAGAUGGAAGCCGCCGCCUCUGACGUCUUCAGGAACCUCCAACGGCGCCUGUGUGAUUGGCUACGCCGUGUGCACAAAGGGACAAAAGAUAGCAGAGGUCUUAUACCCCACAGCAGACUAUGUGAGCGUGGAGUUAAACAGGAUUCAGUGUCUGGAGGCCCGGGAAAUCAUUGUAAGGACGUUGUCAACACAAGGAGAGUCCCAGGACUCGCCCGUGGCCAUAAUCCCGCACAAUCUCUUGGGCUCUCCACACCUCUCCCGGAGGACCACAAGUCACCCUAUUCCCCACUCGCAGUCUCAACCAGUACACUCACAAACCCACCCUCCUUACCCCUCAACAUACCCACCAAAUCACCCUCAGCCACAGGUUCAGCCUCUGCCUCAAACCCAACCCCACACGCUGCCCCACGCACAGCCGCACACUCAGCCUGGCCGCCGUCCCCCUCCUCAUCCGCAGACUCAUUUCCAGCGCCACCCCAUGUCCAAGUCCAAACCGUUAGUAAGUGCCAGAGAGUCAGAAACCAAAGAGCAUGAGGUGGGUUUACGGUCAGCCCCGCACUGGGAGCGUUCCCCCUCUCCGCUGCCUCCAAUGCGUGGACCCAACCUGGAGCCGCCGCACUUCCAGCCACGGCGAUCACCCUCUCCUCAGAGGAUCCUGCCUCAGCCUCAGGGAGUCCCCAUCCCCAACACCAUCGCCAAGGCCAUGGCCAGGGAAGCUGCCCAGAGAGUGUUUGCAGAGGGUAACCGGGUUGAGAAAAGGAACAUCUUCAGUGAUCGAGGUAACGCCAUACAUCCAGUCAACUCUGAUGAGGAGGAGGACGGCUAUGAUUCUCCUCAUGCAAGAAGGAGAGGAGCCUCAGUCGAUGAAUUCCUCAGAGGCUCAGAGCUGGGCAGACAGCACCAUUACCCUCACUACAGCCACAGUGAGGAGUACCACACAGAGAGCAGCCGGGGCUCUGACCUGUCUGACAUCAUGGAGGAGGAUGAGGAAGAUCUUUACUCCGAGAUGCAGCUGGAGGAGGGGCGCAGGCGCAGUAUCAACUCCCACAACACUCUUAAGAUCAUUGGGAACUCAUCAUCACAUGGAAACGCUGAUCGUCUGGAACACUCAGGGAGGAGGCUGGUACACAUCGGCACCCCCUCUCAGCAACGGCCCAUCCCAUCCAUUGACGGCUAUGGCGGGCGCAGGCACGGGCGGGGACGGCGUUCCCUCGAUUACUAUGAUGAGUCGGAGCCAGACGAGAUGACCCGAGUGUUUGUGGCUCUGUUUGAUUACGACCCCAUGUCCAUGUCUCCCAACCCUGACGCGGCGGAUGAGGAGCUGCCAUUCAAGGAGGGCCAGAUCAUCAAGGUGUUUGGGAAUAAAGACACAGAUGGCUUCUACAGGGCUGAGAUCCGAGAUAGAGUGGGUCUGAUCCCCUGUAACAUGGUUUCUGAGAUCCAGACGGAGGAUGACGAUAUGAUGGACCAGCUCCUCAAACAAGGUUUCCUACCACUCAACACUCCUGUGGAGAAGUUAGAGAGAAAUAGACGGAGUGGCCGUCAACAUCCCAUGUCGACACGUAGAAUGGUGGCACUGUACGACUACGACCCUCGAGAGAGCUCCCCUAAUGUUGACGUAGAGGCUGAACUGACUUUCUGUGCCGGUGAUGUCAUAUCAGUUUUUGGUGAAAUUGAUGAAGACGGCUUUUACUAUGGCGAGCUCAAUGGACACAAGGGACUCGUUCCUUCCAACUUUCUUGAAGAAGUGCCUGAUGAUGUAGAGGUUUUUCUCACUGACUCACCAUCUCGAUACCCCCAGGACACUCCAGCACGGAUAAAGACCAAAAGGGUUCCACUGGAAAAAUCGUCUCCGCGCAGAGGAGCACCCUCUCCCACAGUGCGUCCACACGUCGCUGGCUCAGGCCCUGCCACCGUGGGGCCCCGCAGCCCCAUCAGGUCCCACUGGACAUGUACUCCUCCAAACAGAGAAGGGGACUGCUCUCCAAAAAGGAAGAAACUAUUGGAAAGACUGGGCACUGUAAAAUAAUGAUCGAGUGUCAUCCAACAAAGUGAAAAAAAAAAGAAAAGAAAUUCUAACAGAGGACAGUUGGCAUUUAUUCUUGUACAUCUGUUGUAUACUAGAGUAUUUGUAUUUUGUUAACAGUAUCAACAACAUAUUUUCAAUUACACAUUUCAUAUUAUUAUCCUGAGACCUCAUGUUGUCAGCAGAUGAGUAUCUUACCUCCAGGUCUCUUGGCUGAUGAAGUUCGGCUGUAGUCAAAGACAGGGCUCUCGGCAUUCUCCUUUUUGCAGUUGCUUAAAACACCACGAGUCUGACCAGUGUCUCUGUGAAACUCAGAAUGUCUUUCAAAUACUGAGGGCUCAAUUUAACAUUUGAGUCCAUUUAGUAACAGAAGAACGAGACGGACGUGUCAGCUGGUUAGAUUUUUUUUUUUUUUAGGUGAGGUUUGCAUGCUUUUACUUCAGCACAUUCCCUCCUGACCCCCCCUGAGAGCGUGCAAAAUGAAACUUGGUGCAUGCAGUACUUUCAUACAGCGCCGCUGACUCGCUGUGCAGUAUACUGUGACAAAUCAGAAGAAUCGACUCCUACUCCUCUGCCCUAUUUUAACAACUGUGAGAGAGCCAAGUGUUCCCCCUCGUACAUGUCAGACGCCUCCAAAAACAAGCACAUGCUGCGCCUACCACAGGGUCUCUGCAGUCAAAUCAGCCUGAAUGGAAAUGCCUCGUAGAUCCAACCUCCAUGUUUUUGCCUUACUAUCGCACAAUGGUUAGUCCUUUGUCCAGUAGAGCGUGCAGUUUCAUGCUUGUUAUUCAUUCUGUGUGUUCAAAAAAACAAGAGCUGUUAGCAUACUGUGUGACUGUCGUGAUCUCCUGAAGAUCAGAGCUUACAUACAACCGUCCAGCAACCAUCAUCAGUAGUUAAGCCCAAAAAAAGAAAUUAUUUUUUGUAUCUUAGAAAAGAAAGGGGCAAAAUAUUUAAAGGUUUUAUUUUUUAUUUAACUGUUUCUGCUGCCGCACUGAUGCACAUCUGAUUUAAAGUGACUACUCUCGUGAGGAAACUACUACAAAAAACAAUCAGCUUCUGUGUUAGAUAAGCAUCAGCAAAUGGGAGUCCUCCUAUUGUACUGCAUAUGAUUCAUAACAUGCAACACUGUCGGGCUUCACUAGAACAAUAAAAGGUUAAUAACUGUUUCCACAGAAAUUAAGAGACACAAGGCUACCUCUACGCUGCCCCCUACCUGUCUGACCCUAAAUCUAGAAAUCAGAAACAUGUUGACUCAAGCCAAUCUGUCAGUGAUGCCUGUUCAGUGUGUCCCGAGUGAUGUUGGUGCAGGAUUCAAAGUACUGUAUAUCGAUAUAUAAAUAUAUAUCUACACCUUAAUGUAGAGUAGUGAAUGUAUGAUGAAUUGAAAGCCAAUGUAUUUUCAAAACUGUCCAAAAGGAUUGUGCAGAUGUUCGUCUUUGUGCGUGAAAUGAAACGGUCCACCUUUAUUUCCUCCCAUCUUUCAUUUCAUCCUCAUGUUAAUACAAACUCAAAAUCUAGCCUAUUUUUUCUACACGAGUUGAACUGAAACUGCCAAAAAAGAAUGUAUGCAAAACAUUCUGAUACUUUCUGUACAAUUGUCGGCCAACAGCCAUGAAAACCUGCGAUAAACCGAUGUACAUCUUUUCCUCUUUCUGGACCAUGUCUUCAGACAUUGCUUCGAUUCAUUUUGAGUGACUGUUGCUCUUUUUGUACUUUGUCCAUUUCUAAAAUUGUUUUUAAAUGUUUGUACUUGAUUUUCAAACUGCCUUUUUUGUACAUUUAACUUUAUAAUCAAACAGUGCAAGCUUUCCCCAUGGUGUCUUGAAGACCAUAUUGUUUCAAAGUCUGCAGUUGUGUGCUAGCUUUAUGAUAAGAAUUAUCAAGCCUAUAUUGAUGGUUAAAAAAACAAUUAUUGUGUGAGUGUGCAUGUGCAAUCUUUUAUAAAAAAAAAAAGA